AUGCCGGAGACCCCGGGAGCUGCGGGGACAAGUCCGCGGGCUCCCCUGGCAGCCAGCCCUCCCGAAGUAAAUCCGGCCCUGGACCCCAGAGAUCCAAGGCCCCAGGGGCGCCCGACCCCCCGGCAGGGGCCCCAGCCGGCCGAGCCCCGCGGAGAUGCCGCCAGGAAUGAGCCAGUAGCCACCCGGGCAUCGACCCCCAAACCAGAGCUCCACCAGUGCACCGGCGAGCCCUUGCGCAAGCCAGCGGAGGGAGAGCAGGAUGGGGGGAAUCGGCUCUGCACUUGGCGAAGUGCCCAGCCCCCCUCCACCCCCCCUCACCAAGUAUUUCACCCAGCUAUUACACGCCCCUCCCUCGAACCUUCUUUGGGGAGAGCAGAAGUGACUGGACCAAGACCACAGACAAGGCGGCUCGCUCUUCCUCCAGGCCCCAGGUUGCAGGGAGGACCGGGGUCUUCUCACACCCCUGUUCCCCGGGUGGCAGCCAGGGAACAGGGGUCCCGCACGCAUCAUGCAAGAACCCCCACCCCGGACGAAGCCACCACCAAGGGGACGGCACGGACCAGGACAGAGAUAGGGAGCCAGACUCGAAGCCCUUCUAAAAUCCUCAUCCCUCAACCAACACCCCCCACCAGAGAUGUGAUCCCNAUUCCAAGCUCUAUGCCCUAA